AUGUUGCAAGUAAACGAAGAUCAACUCAAGGAUAUGUGUCCGAUAUGUAAGACGGACAAGUAUCUUUCACCAAACAUGAAGUUUCUUGUUAAUCCGGAAUGUUACCACAAAAUAUGCGAAUCUUGUGUGGACCGAAUAUUCUCUUUGGGACCAGCUCCAUGUCCGUACCCGAAAUGCGGCAAGAUUCUUCGAAAGAACAAAUUCAAGCAACAGAUCUUUGAAGAUUUGGUGAUUGAAAAGGAGAUUGAUAUACGGCGAAGAGUUGGGGCAAUAUAUAACAAGACUGAAGAGGAUUUCUCUGAUUUGAAGGAGUUUAAUAGUUAUUUGGAAAACAUUGAAGAAAUUGUGUUUAAACUAAGCAACGGGGUCGAUGUUGAAAAGACAGAAGAGGAAUUAAGCAAGUACGAAGAGGAACAUAGGUUGGAAAUUUUAGAAAAGAAUAUGCGAGAGUCGCAAAAGAAUGCUGACUUGGCCAAGUACCAGGAUGCAAUGGAGCAAUUGAAGCAAGAGAAAUUGAGGAUUCAGAAAAAGAUGGAACAAGAAGAUUUAGAGUUCAAGAGGUUGCAGCAACAGGAGUUGUUGGAAAAGAUGACGAAUAGUUCAAUGAGCAGUGACGAGUUGAUUAAACUCCAGCAAGAACGACUAAACAAACGUGACAUACAACGUAAGAAACAAUUGCAGAAUAUAAAUAGCCAGCUUGAACAACGGUUUAACGUUACCAAUCCACUCAGCAAGCCAGUUGCUGAUAACCUGAAAGCUACACCAUUUACGCCAUUUAAUGGAGAUAGGGACUUGAAGAGGAAAUACAGCUUAUUGAGUAUUCCUACAUCAGUUGACGAGUAUAUGCACAUCGAGAACAAUUCGAAAGACAGCUAUUAUGAUCCAUACGUGUUUGAUUUGGCCAAGAGGAAAGAGUAUUUGGGAGCAGGCUGGAGAUUAACCAACGUGUUUGAACGAGCUCUUGACGAAGCAUUCUGUGGCUUGGGAUGCAACAUUGAAGCAGAGAAAAAGAAGGAAGGAAGAGCUAAGGAAAAAGAAAAAAGAAAAGAAAAGGAAAGCAACUUGUUAAUGGUAUAA